AUGGCACGCCGUAUUGGGCCAUCUGAUAUUGUUGACUCCAAACGUCUAGUGGAAUGCAAAUUUGUUAAUGUUUACCGCGUCGAUGAGCAUACAGUAGCUAAGCUAUGUCCUCCAGCACAACUUGUGGAAGCAGUAGCUAUGCAGCUAGUUCGAUCAAAAACUUCCGUGCCUGUGCCUAGAGUAUACAACGCGUACGUCGAUGAUUCAACCUCGCGUGGCGUCAUUCUUAUGGAAUAUAUCCAUGGGGAUGUUUUGACCGACGUUUGGGACAAGCUUGAUCCUUGUCAGCGUGCCAAUAUUAUUUCCCAGCUUCGACAAUUUAUGGAUGAACUUCAUGCAAUUAAGGGCUUUGGCCCCUAUAAGACCGAGGAGGAACUCAACAAUGGAAUUGUGAGAGCGUUGCAGCUCUCAAUCAGUGAUACAUGGGUGGAUCGUGUUGGCCGAAUGGUCAAGCCAAUCCCCAGCCAUGAGAUUGUUUUCUCUCAUGCCGACCUUUCUCCACAAAACAUCAUUGUUCGUGGGGAUAAGGUCCUUGCUCUUCUUGAUUGGGAGAUGGCGGGUUUUUAUCCAGCGUACUGGGACUACAUUAAAGCCUUAUACCGUCCCGACUGGCAGAUCGGGUAA